AUGAUUGCACCUAUAAAGAAAGGCGAAGUAGGGGCUAGAGAAGAUCCCAAUGGUAUAGUUGUUCUGAAGUGGAAAGAUAAACGCGACGUCAGAAUGCUAUCUACGAAACAUGCCCCGAUAAUGGUAUCCACAACAGAUGGAGCACGUAAUCCUGAAGAGCCUUCAACUAGUCGAGGAGCGAGACGUAAAAGACGAGCAACAGAAAAGCCAUUGGCUGUGGUAGAAUAUAAUAAGGGGAAAGCAGGCAUUGAUCUUUCCGACCAAAUGGCUUCUUACUCAAAUACCCUUUGCAAAGGGUUAAAAUGGUAUCGAAAGCUGGGAAUUGAGCUUUUACUCGGACUUUCCAUGGUUAAUGCCUUUACUGUGUAUAAAGCAGCGUCGAAUAAUAAAACCAUGAGUAUACGAACAUUCCGUGAACGCGUUGCUAAGGACCUACUAGGCCUUACAUGCCCACAGCCUGUACCGCAAUCGCAGCAUAUCAUCACCAAAAGAGUAGAUGAAAAUAAUAAAACCAUCCGACGUGCUUGCGUUUUAUGCUACGCUGAAGCAAAAAGAAAAUUUAGUCGAAAGGAAGCCAGAAAGAACAUCAAAAGGACAACUACGUACUGUCCGCAAUGCCCCAACACUCCCCAAUUGUGCAUUGAUUGCUUUCCAAAAUAUACGCAUUUAAAAAAUUAA